AGCAUUAUGCUGCAUGGUGCCAAGAUUGUUCUUGGAUUAGACAAUGUAUAUAGGCCAACUUUUGCUCUCUAAUUUGUUGCUCAACUCCUGUGGAUGAUGUCUGAUGAGUGAUGGGCAGGGAAGCGCCUAUUUGGGCACAUGCAUGAUGCACCACCGCACUUGCAUUCCAUUUUAUAAUGUCAUGGAACCUCCCUCCAGAAAAAGAUGUAUAUAUAUAUUAUAUUCUGCAGAACUGUCGUGCAUUUGGAUUAGCAAUUCCUUUCUUUAUCACAACUAACUAGCAGCUGUGGAUCAUGGCCAAUGAUGGGGGGUGGUAAAUCCCAUGAACCUCUUAUCCUGUUUCCUCGCAACUUGAGCAGCUCUCAUGUCAUGGUCAUGCCAUGCCAUUCCAGUGUCCUCUAGCGUUGCCACAGUAUAUAGGAUGGGCGUGGACGCCUGUAUGGGGCGCCAACCGCCAACACCUUUGCCUUUGCUGCUCGGGAGAAGCUGCAGGGUCCCUCCAUGUCUCUGAUGGAGUGAUGGUUUGUGAGAGAGGGGAGAGAGCCCAGGCCAGAUAAAUCUCUGUCUGACCCAGCAGCUCCAAGAUCACGGACCUGCUCACUGGGGGCUUUGAUGAUGAUGCUUGUAAUGUGUUCCAUUUGGAAGUGCUCAUGUUUCCAUUUUAGGAUGUGCAUGGGGAGUUGAAUCUUGAAAAGAGUUCUUGAUUUUUUUUUUCUAAUUUCUUUUUGGUUGUCUGUGUCUCCUUGGUUCUUGUGUUCGUCUUAUAUUAUUGCUUCUGCUUGCUCCGGAGGAGGCUCAUCUCUCAGGUCUCUAGCAUCGAGCCAUCGAGGUCUUUGCCUGCACUUCUAUCGCAUCUCACUCACAGUAGUAUGCUGGAAUUUUGUUAGGCUCCAUGCACCUUUCAGUGACAGGAUGAUGCUACUGCCUACUAGUUAUCAGAAUCUCGAGCUCGUGGCUUUUAUCCCUUCCUUUUUCUUCCCAGUGAUCAUAUUGCAAUCACCAUGGGGAUCCUUUUAGACCUUGUACGGCUUGUUAUGAGCAGUUGCACAUCUUCUUUUGAUCUAAAAAAAUGAUCUUAUUCAUGCUGCUGUUGCAGGUGUGCUGAAAUCACAGCUAUUUUUUCGAGAUUCCCUGACCCACAACUAUAAUGGCGAGCAAUCCGUCUAUGUUUUCGCCAAUCGGGGUGGAUGCCAUGACUGGCGGCUACUUCAUGGUGGGCGGCGGCGGCGGCAUGAUGAGCGCCGAUGUGCCGCACUUCCACCCGAGCGUGCUUCUUGAGCACGGCGGCUUCGGGUUCGGCCUCGGCGACGCGGCAGUCGGCGCCACCGCUACGGCGUCGGACCUGGCCGCGAACAACGUCAUGCUGGCCUCCUUCGCCAGCCAGCUCGUGGCUACCGGCCCCGCGCCGCAGGAUGAUCUUAUCGCCGGGAGGACGCCGCCGGAGGAAAUGGACGAGGGGUAUGGCGCCGACAGCGGGGUCAGCUGUGUCGCGGCGAACCUGCAGUGCCCCGGCCACUCGGGCGGCGCCAUGGCGGUUUGGCCGUCGUCGUCGUCCAAGAAGCCGGCCGGCACUUGGAGCAGCGCCGGCGGCUCAAGAGCCGUCUCGGUCCACGCGCCGUACCACCACCUCACCACACUCCCCGAAGUUGCCGGUUUCCACUACCCCCUAGCCGCUGCCGCCGCCGCCGCCGCCGCCGCCGUCAUUGCGCCGGCGUCGAGCGAGCUGUCGCUGACCCUGUGCUCCAAGUCGUCCCCGGACAGCGGGCUGAACGCCGCCGGCCAGUGCUCGUCGGGAGCCAGCCGCUCCGCGCUGACGGAGCUGCACCCGCGAGCGCGCAGCAGGCCGGCGGCACACUUCUCCGUGGUGGUGGCGCGCUCGCGGUACGCGGCCGUGGCGCAGGAGGUGCUCAACGACGUCGUCGGCCACAUGCUAAACGGCGUCGCGGCCGCGGCCGCCGACUCGUGCAGCGGCAUCGACGGCGGAGGCUCGGCCGGCGCGCCGUCCGUGGUGAGCUCCUCGAACCGGCUCAUGGCCUCGUCCGAGGACGCCGGCGAGCGGAGGGGCGAGGCGCAGAGGGUCAAGAGCGACCUCCUCAAGCUGCUUCAGCUGAUGGAUGAGAAGUACAACCAAUGUUUGGACGAGAUCCAGAGCACGACGGCCAAGUUCAACGCGCUGAUGCAUUCGGGGGGCGGCGCCGGCGGCGGCAACGGCAGCAUCUGCGCGCCGUUCGCGCACCGCGCCGUGUCGGCGGUGUACCGCGGCCUGAGGCGUCGGAUCGCCGGCCAGAUCGUGGCGGCGGCGACCCGAGCCACCGGAUGGGGCGGCGAGUCGUCGUCGUCGGUGACCGCGGCUGGCGGCGACGCGGAGCGGAGCUGGGAGUCGGAGUUCAUCAAGAAGCACUGGGCGGCGCAGCAGCUGCGGCGCGGCGAGCAGCAGUGCUGGCGGCCCCAGCGCGGCCUGCCGGAGAAGUCCGUCGCCGUGCUCAAGGCCUGGUUGUUCGAGAACUUCCUGCACCCGUACCCGAAGGACCAUGAGAAGGACGUGCUGGCUGGAAGAAGCGGCCUCACCAGGAACCAGGUGUCGAACUGGUUCAUAAACGCGCGAGUUCGUCUGUGGAAGCCGAUGAUUGAGGAGAUGUACCAGGACCUGAAGAAGAGCUCGGGUGUCGGAGGGCAGGGGCCGGCAAUGGAGCCGCACACGAGCAAGCGUCGAAUUUGCGAGCUAGAAGGCCAGUGAACUCCAUAGCUAGCUGCAUUUGGGAGCUUUUCUAGCACUCAACUCCUGCCAUGCUGCCAUUGAUCUGUUAUUGGCCCUUGUAAUUUCCUACUGUUAUGUACAUAUCAUUGCCAAUGCCAGCAUUUUCCAAUAGAUCCUCAGAGCAUCCUGGUUGAUGCACUUGGAACCGCUGAAUGAAUUGAGCAUACACUCUUGUUCAGUUGGUCAUUCAGGCUUCAGGUGGUGAUUCUAGUUGGCAAUGUGGGCAGUUUCAGAUAAGGGCAGAUUCCAUGCUUGUUUGUUGUCUGGUUCUACAA